AUUGUUUCUUCCUUUUCCCGUACAAGAGCUCCGUGGGGUGCAUGGAAGAAAAAGUGACCUCUUAUAAAUAUUUAUAAUGGUCCCCAAGUCAGCCUUCGGUAUCGCUGCAGCAGGGGCUGGAUUGUGUUUCUUGGGGUAUUGUGUUUAUUUUGACCACAAAAGAAGAAGCGAUCCUAAUUUCAAACAAAAACUGCGAGAAAAACGAAGAAAUGCUAAUAGAAAGACGAAAGCACCAACAGCAGGAACAGAGUUUCCUGAUUUAACAAAUCCAGAAGCAAUGCAGCGAUUUUUCCUUCAAGAAGUACAACUAGGAGAAGAAUUAUUGGCCACAGGAGAUAUUGAGGGAGGUGUAGAACAUCUGAGCUAUGCUGUUGCAGUUUGUGGUCAACCUCAACAAUUACUACAAGUAUUACGUCAAACAUUACCACCUCAAGUUUUUUCCCUGUUAUUAGAGAAACUUCCAUCUGUUGGCCAGAGAUUGUCAGGAUUAGUACCUGGUGGAGGAGCAGCACCACCUACCAGUACAGAAGCUGUUUUAGAAGAAGAUGAUGUUGAAUAGAUUUUAUAAUAUAUACAGCCGUGAUUGUUUUAUUAAUGAAACUAGAGUGAUGAUAGACAUUGUUUGUAUAUACAUACAUUUACUGUGGAAAAAAAUAACAUUCAACCAACAAAAUCAACCUUUUAUUAAAAAAAUAUAUAAUUA